AUGAUGCUGAGCCACGAUUGCGAGCAGAUCUUGUUCUUCGUUCUCUUGAGAACCAUUUACGCCAGACUUUCCAUUAUAAAAGCCCACGUUUUGAAGGUGUUUUCUGCGGAAACCAGAACGGAUAGUUAUAGAAGGAAGUUGAAUAAAGUUGAAGCGCUGUCGAACAAUGCACAGCUUGAUAUUAGUUCUUUGCACCGGGUCUACGAUUUGCUUCACAAGUGUGCCGAACAACUUAACUCCAUUAUGAGUUUGUCGAUGAUAGUAAUUCUGUUAACUGCGGGAUUGUCAACGACAAUGCUUUUGAAAAUGAUGGUUAAAGUUAUACAAACAGUUACCGUCAGCAAUACUAUUCUGUUUCCAGUUCGGCAAGUCAACGAUCAUAUAUCUGUUUGGUCGUGGUAUGAAGUACACAGGUCUGGUGGUGGUCCCUUGCUACUACUCAAGAGUGACUUCAGCUCAGGUCGCUACUAUACGGACGUGUCUACAUGA